GCCCGGGCCGGAGCCGCGCGGGAACCGAGGGCGCGGGGCCGGCGGCGGCGGCGGGCAGCGCCCCACGGGCAUGGGGCCAGUGCUGGCGCUGUGGGUCUGGCUGGCACUGGGGGCAGCAGGCGGGAAGGGCCCAGCGCCCGCACCCCUGGCGGGCGGGCAGCCCUUCGCCGUGGUCUGGAACAUCCCCACAGGCCGCUGCCAGCACCGCUUCGGCGUGGGGCUGCCCCUUGCCGACUACGGCAUCGUGGAGAACCGGGGCGGCCACUUCGCCGGCCAGAACAUCACCAUCUUCUACAAGAACAAGUUCGGGCUCUACCCCUACAUCUCCCCCGGGGGCAUCGCCCACAACGGGGGCAUUCCCCAGCAGGUGCCCCUCCGCGCCCAUCUCGCCCGGGUGGCGGACGACAUCCGCCUGCACCUCCACCCCGCUUUCAGGGGCCUGGCCGUGGUGGACUGGGAGGAGUGGAGGCCCCUCUGGGCCCAGAACUGGGGGGCCAAGCGCAUCUACCGGGUGGCCUCGGAGGAGUGGGCGCGUGAACGGCACCGGGGGCCCCGGAUGGCCCGGCGGGCGUUCGAGCGGGCGGCGCAGGCCCUCAUGGAGCAGACGCUGCUGCUGGGCAGGAGCCUGUGCCCGGGGGGUCUUUGGGGCUUCUACCGCUUCCCCGACUGUUUCAACGGCAACUGGGCCAAGGUGGCCAACUACACCGGGCGCUGCAGGCCGGCUGAGGCGCGGCGCAACAACCAGCUGGGCUGGCUCUGGGCCGCCUCGGCCGCCCUCUACCCCAGCAUCUACCUGCCGCUGCCGCUGCCGCCCGCCCUGCGCCGCCGCUACGUGCACCACCGGCUGCGCGAGGCCCUGCGCAUGGCCGCCCGCGGGGCUGCCGGCCGCCUGCCCGUGGUCGCCUACUCACGGCUCUCCUACCGCCGGUCACCCCGCUUCCUGGAGCCGGCCGAUCUGGAGCACACGAUCGGGGAGAGCGCAGCCCUGGGGGCAGCUGGAGUCGUGCUGUGGGGGGACAUGUCUUACUCCCGCUCGGCGGAGAGCUGUGCCAGCCUACGCCGCUACCUCGUGUCCACCCUGGGUCCCUACGUGGCCAACGUGACGGCGGCAGCGCGGGCGUGCAGCCUCGAGCAGUGCCACGGCCACGGGCGCUGUGUGCGUCGGCAGCCCCGGGACCUGGGCAGCCUCCUGCACCUCGGUGCGAGCCCGUGGCUGCCCUUCCGCUGCCACUGCUACCGCGGCUGGGCCGGACGGGGCUGUGCCCAGCAAGAGCGGCCCGACCCUGCUGCCUGCCCAGCGCCCACCCGCGCCCACAGCCUCUACAGGCACGAUGGCCUCCAGCCCCCCGACACCUGCCUGCCGCGUGGCCUCUGGGGCUGGUGAGCGGGGACCGCCCCAGCUCGAGCGGCCUGGUGCGUCCUAUGGUCUUGUUAAUUUAAAUAAAUUGGCGCAGUGCA